AUGUUGACAUGACGGUCAAGUUCAAGCAACUUACUGCUAAUAUGACCGACGAGGUCUGGGAUGACGCCGCGCCGCGCGCUUUUGACGCGCGACCAACCGGUUUGAAGGCGCUGGUGAUGGGAGAGAUCGAUUCGUCUUUGCGUCUGCUGCAUGCCGCGACCUGCGAGCUGCUUGAGGCUGAGAACCACGACGAACUGGAACAGGCUAUGACACGCGUGCUGGGAUGGAUACGCCGGCAGAUCUCGACGUCGCCACUGCGUGUUGAGGCGCCAGCAGAACUGCCAGUGGUGACGGAAUUAUCUCAAAUCUUUCUGCAGUGGCACAAACUGCAGCAGACGAUGAAGACGCCAAUGAACUCGCGGCUCUGGAUGCUCUGGGUGGAACUGGGCUGCACUCUGGCUGUGCUGCAUUGCUGUGAGGAAGAGAAGAAGGUGGAGAGCUUUGCGCAAUUGGUGGCGACAUCACAAGCACCUAGUGACUUUCCGACGUCAAGUGCGCACUGUGACAGCGAGAAUCAAUUGUCUUUUAGUUGCGAGCUGUGGAAUGCGGUGCUGGUCAGGCCGCUGUAUGGAGCUUCCGCGAGUGUAAUUAGUGGCGCGGUGCCGAGAUUGGUGGAGAUUUUCCUACAUUGGAUGUCGACUGCGAUGCGUGGGUAUGAACUCGUGUUCAUUGCCAAUGUAGCUACACCGCUUCGGGGGUAUCUUCAAACUUCGACGAACAAUUUACUAUUGGUGGAUGCGUGGUUAAAGUUUGCAGUUUUCAACUUGGGGGCUGAGAAGAUUAAAGAGAACGCUGCAAGUGUAGCACUGACAGCGUUAGUUUUGAGUGCAUUGACGUCGACUAGAAGAAGCCGUGAAGCGACGAAGUAUCUGGAGACGAUGAGUGCUGCGACUGUCGAUCAGUUGGCACGUGGAGGAUUCCUGCAGCCAUAUAACCCCGUUACCAUUGUUGCGUUUGCGCUUGGCGUCGCAUGUCUCGACGACGCGAGAACGUCGACCGCUGUCCAGUUGCAAUCGGGGAAUGCGACGCUGCUCUGCCAGUUCGUGGUCAUGCGACUUGUCAACUUGCAGCUUCUCUCUUCACGCUUAAAGCCAUACGAUGAUGCUGCCUUGUUGGGGUAUAAAAGGCAAGUUCAGCAGAGAUUGAAGACUUUGGUUCUUGAGCCGUCAAGCGCUGUCCUACAAGAAUUCUCGUUACGAAUGACGGAAGUCUGUAUCGAGGAGAUGGUCGGGUUUUUCCAGUCUUCACGCGAGACGUACCUCUCUCUAAUGGAGACUGUGCAAACUGUGCUUCCGUCAGAUCUCUUCCGUGCGAACGUUUUAAACCAGCUCAAGUUCUCUGCUAAUUCAUCAGCCCACGAUGACAGUCUACUCGCUUCUGCAUCGGAUAUAGUGGCGUACAUCAAACAGUUCUACAGUGUCGUAGCUCCACUGGUAGAAGUGCAAUCUACAAGCCAUCUCGCGCGAUCCUUCCUCGCCCUCUCUCGGAUUGAGUUCGCACGCGAAGUCUGUGCAUCGUCCACUGCCGAUUCGUCCAUGCAGUCAGUGACACAGCAAUUGGAAGUGAAGCUGGAGCAAACGACACCUCCUGACUCGAUUUUCGCGCCGAUCUUGCGUUCUCUCGCAAUGCAUUUGACCGCUACGACCAGCUUAAUCCCUCCUGAGAUGGAUAUUGUAGCUGGAUGCCAGACGCUGGCGGUUGGUCUUGUGAUUCAACGCAAGCUCCGCAUUCUAUUGUUCCAAUGUGCACCUCUGAUCGACAAUGCACUUGCUGUGGUCUUCUCAGGUCUCUACAACGUCUUCGAACCGGUGGAUGCAUUUGCUCAUCGGUUUCUUGGUGUGUGUCUGUCACAUCUCGGUCAGUUCACUCCGCUCUUCACGGUUUUCCCGCAUUAUUUACAAGUCACGCUGGCUGCGUAUCCAGCUAAUGCAUCGCCUCAAGAUCUGACCAAGGCGUGCGGUAACAUUUUUGGUUCACUAUUUUACUCUGAAGCUCUCACGAUGAAGUUGGGGCAGGAUAGCGAGAUCAUUGAGACAACCCAGCGAAUGGUACUGUGGGCGAUCCGAAAAUGCUGUGAACGUAGUACUGAGCUACUUGACCAAGAAGACACGGCAAAGGAAGCUACUGCUGUUACGAGGGAGACCGAUGGCUUGUAUCUUGCUGGAUUGGUGUUUGAACUCAUGAAGAUGACGCCGUUGAGUGUCUUGAAGGCUUGUGCGAUGGAAAUCGAACAGCUCCUUCUACAUUGGAAGAGCAAUCCUAGUGUACUGCGUCGGCUGAAGAGUGCACUUUUUGCCAGGAUCUCACAGAACUGCGAGGCUGAAAAGCGUGCGUGGCUUGCUGCUUGGUACAUCGAAGUUGACCAGCAGUACCCAGCCGAGACUACUGCCCAGUCCGUGGCGACAUCUCGCCUGUAACUUCAUUCCAGGCACCUAAUGUGAAUUUCAACUUUCGCUUAAUGCUAUUUUUUUCAGUUAUUUCGACGCGGACAAUUGCCUACAUCCAGAUAAAUCUUGCUCCAGUACGCAAAACUUGAGAUUCUCAGAGUUUAUAGACGCUUGUCGCCGUCCCACUUGUAAAAUCCCUCGCCCGUCUUGCGUCC